AUGGAAGCCGUCUUCGACCAAUGCCUGAACCACGCCCCACCGCUAGCGAAUGAGUCAGAUAAGCGUCUCUAUACCAAGCGGCACGUCCAGGCCAGGUCCCUGUCCAGGAGAGAGUCAUGUUCUGGCUUGAUUGUUUUACAAUAUUUCCCGGGAUUCCUGAACAUCAACAAGGGGGUGUACCUGGAAGCCUGUAAGACGUACGCUAGUGCUGAGACCGGUCGUGUGCGCAGAGGUGCGGAUCACACGCUCCUUUUUGGCUGGCGGAACGUCCUCAUCAUAGGGUACGGUUCCCAAUUUGACAUCGGGAAUGCAUGGCUAUGCGCGGCUGCCACUUCCAGAAAGCGGCAUGGUGGGUGGAAGGGUGUAAGAUCGAUGGGAUGGUAUCACGAGGCGACGAUGGUCUUGUCGUUGACAUCGUCGAUGGACGAGAUACAAACCGGACAACAAGCUAAGAAGUCUGACAAGCCUGAAAUCGAAGCUAGCGAAUUGGAUCCUCGCGGUGAGCUUGUGAAUAGCUGGACUGACAUCGAGCGUCCUCACCGCUGGCGUUGCUGUGGUGAUAGCGAAACGGAGUCCUCGUCAUCGAGGAGUGGUGUCAGCCCGCAGUCAUUCUACUAA